CGGAGGGAGUACAAUAUAGUUUUAUAGUGUAUUCAUAAUACUCAAAAGAAAGAAAAAAAAAAAGGAGAAACGGAAAACAAUAAUGAUAAUAAUUUGCAAAAGGUAAAGUAAAAAGCAUUUCUGGAGAUCAAAGAAAUAAAGCGUAAAAAUUGGUCCCAUAUCAGCCCAACGGUUGAUUAUCGCAUCCAAAGAAGAGCGUGCUCAAUUUCUUUUCUUUAAUGGUUCUCUUCUCUCUUUUUCACAACUGUUUGAUUUUAACUGAUUCAACCUUUUCCAAACAAACAACACAACCAGAAGAGAAGAACAAAAAUUGAAAAGAUAAAGAAAACAAAAAAGGAACGGUAAUGCUGAAGAGACAAGAUAGUCUUCUUUCAUCGUCUUACCUCCGAACCCCACCGCCACCGCCGUCUAAAACCACCGAAAACCGCCAUGCAAAGCUCACCGGCUGUUUCCCGGCCAUCUUUAAGUUAAUCUCCUCCAAGUACAACAACCGGAAAAAACUCCUCACAUUUGGGAAAAAGUUAAAGACCCCAAGAAAUGUGGUUUCAACUCCGACGACGGAGACCGAGUCAUUCCGGUUAUCAACUGCGGAUAAUUCGGCUGAUUCAGUACUUAAAGAAGAAGAUAUAAAGAAUGAUAUCAAAGAGGAGGACAGAGACUUGGAAAGUAGGAAAUUAACAGGCGAUGUUACGCCGCGGAGUCCGAUGCUUCCACCGGAGAUCCGGCUAAUGGCCGGGAAUGCUGUCCCGGCGGUGCCUGAACGGCCGGCGCUGGUUGCCCGGCUAAUGGGGUUGGAGGAUGAUCAUCAGCCGGGCAGCAAAACCAUUAAAAAGGAUGACGAAGAAGAAAAGAGGAGGCGGCUUCUAGAAGCGCUGGAGAAAUGCAAUGAAGAUUUGGUGUCGUUGAAGAAGGUAAUUAUGGCUGUUCAAUUAGUUGAGGAUAAACAUAAUAAAAAAUCUGCUCCGUCGGAAAUAUUCCAGCUGCCUCGUCCGACGACGCCCGAUUCCGACGACAGCGACGGUGAUGACGUCGUCGAUUACGUCGGCGGCCGGUCUCCGCCUCCUUUUCGCCGCUACAACUACGCUGCCAACUUACACCACAAUGGAGUUAUGCCACAGCAGAGAAAGAAACUUUUGGGGAAGAAGCCAGGAGAAGAAGAAGAGGGAGUUGGCAUAAGCUUCAUCGACAAAGUCCAAGCAGAGUCACUGAAGAUGAAACGCAAAGCCGCGAACCCUAAUGCUUGGAGCAGCAAAGCAAUGAUCCAAAGUGUGGAAGAAGUAUGCAAUGAUAUUGUUUGGGGAGAAAAAAGAGAGCGGCAAAACCUAGAAUUGGUUUUGGACAACUACAUCUCAAGAGACUUGAUUGAAGAGGUUGUUUUCGAUCUUGGAUUUCAUAGGCCAAAAGUACGAUUGCCUUUUGAAGCAUGUAGGAGACGAAUUUCGUUUUAGUCUUGUAGUUUAUAAGAGAAAUUGAGUGUCAUUUCUAUAGUAAAUGAAGAGAAAAUAAUUCCGAAAAUAUAAAUUUACUAAUAUUGCGUGAAUUUCUGAACUAUAUAUUACCUGUUUUUCCAGUUUGGAUUCUCUGUAAGAGAUUUCCCCGUAAGUCCCUAUAAGGUCUCUCAUACGACAACGUUUCAUUAAUUUUGACCCCUCAUAUAUUUGCUUUUUUCAUUUUUUUAUUUUUUCUCUUUGACUUCUGUGGGUUGAG